AUGGCUGGUUUUCAACUGACUAAAUUUCGGAUCCCUCUCUCUUUAAAGAGUAGGACUAAUAGACGACUAAACGUUAUUCUUGGUUUAUUAUCGUUAUGUUUCUUCUCAUUGUUUUGGUUCCCAACGUUAACUUCCAUCAAUGGUGAUUUCUCAACUCAAUCUGAGUUUGGCACUCCUGUAGUAAGUGAAUACAGUGCAAAACAUGGUGGUUUAAGCUAUGCUCCAAAGACUUUCAACAAUAUUGGCAACAUGAACGGUUACUUUGCUAACGCAAAGAUCAAGAACGUACACGAUUUUUACUAUAAGUUAUUCAAUGCAAUUAGUAAAGCUAGACCUGUCACACCUCCAAAGGACAAGAUGGCUGCCUAUAGAAAAGAGGGAUGUAAGAUAAAGGAUGUUGCUUCUUAUGAUAAAAAGGAAAAUUUUUCCUUGUUAUCUUAUUCUAACCUAGAUGAGUGUUUCAAAUUAUCCGAUUCUCAAACCAAAGAUUUGCAAGUCAACCAUGAACGUUUUGUUAAUUUCAUCGACACUGACAUUGCUGAAAUGGACCCAGCUAUUAAAGAGCAACUGUGGCCUAAUGAAAAAGGUAUUGUCAUAGUCGGUGGUGGCAAAUUUUCUAUCAUCAGUAUUAACACAAUCAAAGCUAUAAGAGAAAGAGGUUCUACUUUACCAAUUGAAGUUAUUAUCCCAAGAAGUAGUGUCCCUGAGGAGGAAUACUGUAACAGAUUCUUACCUUCUUUCAAUGCCAAGUGUGUUUAUCUUGAUGAUACCCUACCAAAUGAAUUUAAGGAGAGAUUAACUUUAAAGAAAUACCAAUACAAAUCAUUUGCUUUAUUAGUGUCUUCGUUCAAGAAUGUCUUAUAUAUUGAUGCUGAUAACAUUCCAUUAGUGAACCUGGAUAAUAUUUUUGAUUCAAAGGCUUAUAAAGAUAAUGGAUUAAUCACAUGGCCAGAUAUUUGGAGACGUGUCACUGCUCCUGCCUAUUAUAAAAUUGCAAACAUCAACUACAAUUUGGAUAACAGAGUACGUUAUAUGGCCGAUGACGUUACGCCAACUUCUUAUUACGAUAACAUUGUGAAUCCUGGUAAUAAUUAUAAGUUAAGAAGAACUCCAUUCCACGAUUUUGAAGGUACUUUACCUGAUUUAACCUCUGAGUCUGGCCAAUUGAUGGUUAACAAAGAAACUCAUUUUAGAACUUUGUUAUUAGCUUUUUACUACAAUUACUAUGGCCCAAGGUGGUAUUACACCAUUUUCUCUCAAGGUACUUCUGGUGAAGGUGACAAGGAAACGUUCUUAGCAGCUGCUCAUGCAUUAGGUGAACCAUACUAUCAAGUUAAAAGUACCAUUGAAUUUGAUGGCUAUUUUGAUCAUAAGGAUGGAUUUCAAGGUAUUGGUUUAUACCAAAAGGACUUUAACAAAGAUUAUGAGAAUUAUCUCGCUGCAAAGGCUAAAGUCGAAAAGGACAAGAAAUAUGGUGAAUAUAAUCCUAACUAUGACUUUGAUGCUGACUUUGAAAAAGCUUUGAUGAACCCACCUGGCAACGAAGUAGAGGCGAUGUUUAUUCACGUCAGUUUCCACAAAUUUGACCCACAUAACUUGGCUAAAAAUAAAAGAUAUAUUCUACAAGGUAAACAAUACAGAGUUUUCUCUAAAUUCAAGAACUUACGCAAUUGGGAUUUGGAAUUAGAAGCUAAUAGGAAUAUGCAUUUUUACUUAUGCACUGAUAAUGCUGUUGAAUUUAUCUUUUAUAAAGAUCUACAAGGUAAAGAUUCAUGGAAAGAUAUGUGUAACUACUUAUCUGAAAGAGUAGAAUACUUAGCUAGUACCCAUGAUGCUGCAUUAUCUGGUGAGUUGAAGAUUGGUCAACCUCCAUACGUUGAAGAGCCAAAGGAAGAGCCAAAGGAAGAAGAAAAACCAGUAGCUGAAGGAGAAACAAAAAACCAAGAAGCUAAGAAUGAAGAAGCUAAGAAUGAAGAAACAAAGAAGGACGAGACAAAGAAGGACGAAACGAAGAAGGACGAGACAAAGAAGGACGAAACGAAGAAGGAGGAGGAAGUGAAGAAGGAAGAACCUAAGAAGGAAGAACCUAAGAAGGAAGAACCUAAGAAGGAAGAGGCAAAUAAAAAAUAA